AUGGGAGAUAGCGAGAGCUGCAGCAGCCGGCAAUCUGAGUGGUCGCCGGUCCAAAGCCGGAAAACGAGGCAGAAAGUCGAGGUUUUUAAUGAAGUAUUGACCAGAUUGAGGGAAUUGGAUGUUGAAGAGGCUAAUGAACCGGGUUUUGAAGAUGAGUUGUGGGCUCAUUUUAGCAUGCUUCCUCUUCGUUAUGCUUUGGACGUGAACACUGAACGAGCAGAGGAUGUGCUGAUGCACAAGAAAUUGCUGAACUUGGCCCGUGAUCCUCUCACUAGACCUGCUGUUGAUGUUCACUUUGUGCAGGUUCGCCCAACCAUUGAUGGAAAUGGUGAUUCUAUUAGUACAAGGGGCGUUGAAGAAGGAGAUGCUUUCCAGCUGGAUAGUCUACACCCACCGCCUGCAUUUGGACUGUCGUCAAAUUAUGAACUUGCACUUGAGGGAAGUAGCUCUGAUCCUAACGAGGCAAAUAACUAUUUGAGUAGGAAAUUACACUUUUUGCGGCCACUUCAUGAGAUAGCAAUUUCGACAAAGGACAAACCUAAGCUCCUUAGCAAGUUGACUUGCCUGUUGUCUGAAAUUGGAUUGAACAUUCGAGAAGCUCAUGCUUUUUGCACUAUUGACGGUUAUUCGUUGGAUGUAUUUGUGGUUGAUAGUUGGGGAAAGCACUCCAUUAAUCUUUCUCUGAAAAUCGAAUUUGCUGCACAGAUGCUGUCAUUGUCUAAACAGGAGCAGAUGUGUCCAGCUGGAGGGCAGGGGCAAAUUGAUUUUCUAUUACCACCAAACCAUGUUAAAAUUCCUUUUGAUGGUAGUGAUGUAUGGGAAAUCGAUGCGAAAUUGCUGAAAUUUGAAUACAAAAUUGCUUCAGGAUCAAAUGGAGACUUGUACAAAGGCUUGUUCUGUAGUCAAGACGUGGCCAUCAAAAUUCUUAAAACCGAGUGCAUUAGUGGAGACGUGCAGCGAGAGUUCGCCCAAGAAGUCUACAUAUUGAGGAAAGUUCGGCACAAAAAUGUGGUACAGUUUAUUGGCGCUUGUACAAGACCUCCGCUCUUAUGCAUUGUUACUGAAUUUAUGUCUGGUGGAAGUGUGUAUGAUUUUCUCCACAAACAGAAAGGUGUUUUCAAGCUUCCAGCCAUACUGAAGGUCGCAAUCGAUGUUUCAAAGGGAAUGAGCUACUUGCAUCAAAAUAAUAUAAUUCACAGGGACCUAAAGGCUGCAAAUCUUUUGAUGGAUGAGAAUGAAGUGGUCAAAAUUGCUGAUUUUGGUAUUGCCCGAGUGCAACUCGAGUCAGGGGUUAUGACAGCAGAAACUGGAACCUAUCGUUGGAUGGCCCCCGAGGUUAUUAUGCACAAGCCGUACAAUCAUAAAGCCGACGUUUUUAGCUUUGGGAUUGUGCUGUGGGAGCUUCUCGCUGGAAAGGUUCCAUACGCACACUUGACCCCCUUGCAGGCAGCAGUGGGCGUAGUUCAGGAGGGUCUAAGGCCAAAGAUACCAAGGCAUACUCAUCCUUCGGUUGUGGAAUUGCUCGAGAGAUGCUGGCAGCAAGAACCGUCUCUAAGGCCCGACUUCUCUGAAAUUACAGGGAUUUUGCAACACAUGGCCAAAAAGAUUUUGGAAGAAGAGAGGACUACCAAAAGGAGAAAUCUGGGAGAACCAUCUCAACUCGCAAAGGAAUGCGCUGUAAAAAUGCAAGAAAAAUGA